UAGUAAGGUGGAUCACGUGCGGGUAACGUUUUGUCAUCACAGUCCGGAAGAGGCGUCGUAGGCGCAGCGCCGCCUGGCUUUCUCGGACCUUCUCUUGCCGCUGUCACGCUACAACGUCCAUAACGGCACAUGGAGUGUGUGAUCACGUAACCAGACUAAGUACAACCAUCUCGUCCUCUAUUCUUCUCUCAUCCCCACCAUCUGCGCCAUACCUCUUUCUCAACGCCACCGUACACUGCGCUAUCCAACUUCUAACAUGACAGCGUGCGACUUACUCCGACCGGCAACCCCGGACGACCUCGAACCGCACUCUCACCCUUCGCCCACCCCCAGCUCAAACCUCGACAUCGACCUCGACAGCGACAGCGAGCCAGAAGAACCAGCACUCACCCUAACCAUCCACCUCCACAACAAACCCAUCGACCUCCCCUUCUACCACCCCGACGCCACCAUCCAAGACCUCUCCGACACAGUAGCAGAAACCCUCCACAUCCCCCCGGCCAACCAAAAGUUCCUCAUCACCCCCAAAACUGGCCUCCUGAAACCACCGUUCAAAGACCCCUCGCUACCCCUCCAAACCUUGCUAGACAAAAAGAUCGUCCUCAUGGGCGCCACCACAACCGAAGUCUCCGAGCUGCUGGACGACAUCGCCCUCCGCCAGACCCGCAUGCUGAAACGCCGCGAAGCCCUCCGCGCCGGGCGGAAGGUCCAAGCGUCCAAAACUCGCGACUGGAAGAAAGUGCAGGACGAGAGCAGAUACACCUUCCACACCCUCCGGCCCCUCCCCUACCUCCCCAACCCCGCCAAAUCCCUGCGCUACCUCGAGCGCCUGCGCGACGACGCCGGCAUCAAAGCCGCCAUGCGCUCGCACGGGUUCUCAGUCGGAUUACUUACCGAAAUGAAUCCCGCCGAGCAUACCACUCACGAGUCCAAGACGCUCGGUUUGAACAGGAAUAGAGGGGAGGUGAUCGAGUUACGUCUGCGAACGGAUAGUUAUGACGGGUAUCGGGAUUACAAGGUCAUCCGCAAGACGUUGUGUCACGAAUUGGCGCAUAAUGUGUUUGGGGAGCACGAUCGGAAGUUUUGGGAUUUGAUGCAGGAGAUUGAGCGGGAGGUUGAGAGGAAUGAUUGGCGUGCAGGAGGUCAUUCGGUGGGUGGGGAGGAAUUCUUCAAUCCGCGCGAUGAGGGGGUUGAUAACGAUGAUGUGGAUGGUGGGGAGGCGGAUGAGGGGGGGUGGACGGGCGGGGAGUAUGUGCUUGGGGUUGGGGUUGGUGUUGGUGGUGCUUCGUCCAUGACGGAAAGCAGGAGUGAGGAGGGGCCGUUGAGUCGGCGGGAGAUUUUGGCGCGGGCGGCGGAGGAGAGGAUGAGGAGGCAGGAGGAGGUUAAGAAGGCGAAGGCGAGGGAUACGGAGGCGAAGUGAAUGGCCAUUAUCCCUUCGUUACUAGCUAUGCCUGUCAGCGUUCAAGCGAGGCGUCUUGGGAAGCUCCAGCUGAAUGAGAAUUUGAUUUUUGGCAAUGUUUGUCUUUGGUCAAUGCUUGUGCUACCGCUACUGCUGCUCUUGUUGUGGAGCUAUUCUCUACACUGCGCUACGCUAUACCCAACAAAGUUAAUGACAUACGCUCGUCGCUCGCCGUCGACCAUAACGCUUUUGGGGGUAUCUUAUGCUGAAA